CUUGGGAUUCAAAGUGGCUACUUUCCCUUCCUUGUACAACUAGCAGCUGAUCUCUAUCAAACUCAGGAUACAUUUGAAUCAGAUUUCGCAUUUGAAAAUAACGACAUGCAUCCUCUCUCGGACUGAGCUUCAGAAAGAGCCCGAGACACAUGACACAGGUCUUGUGCCAGUGGUAGUCACAUGGUCCUCCGCUCCGUUGAUGGACAUUGACAGGGUCGUCCCGAUGCAGGGAAUCUUGUGAUCAGAGAGGACUGUCAUUUUACAAAUACUUUAUGUGUUGUUUCUGUGUUUCAUGUCACUGACAAAACUUUAACAAAGGAUUUUCAGAUUCACCCAAAGGAUUUUCGAAACUGGAUUUUGUUUUCAUCAUACUUCUCAAAAGGAGGUUUUUGUAGACAGACGAGGAUCAUUCAGAGUCUGAGACAAUUGUGUGCAGGUCAUCAGGAAUACAGCCAACAUCAGUCAGUGACAGCUAAACAUUCCUUGUGUAUAGUAGACAUUUUGUUUUAUGUCAUAUAUUCUAGUAUUGAAGAGUUCAUAGCGUGCCCAUUAUGGCUGGCCUGUCCCCUGUGUUGCUGUGUGUUGUGUUUGUGGCGGCGGCAUCGGUCUGCGUGUCGGCAUGUCCUCCCAGCUGUACGUGCCAUGAGUCGAGGGUACACUGCUACGGAAAGCAGUUACGUGACAUUCCUAAAAACAUUCCUGCUGACACUACAUACCUGAAUCUAGCCAGAAAUGAUCUUGAAACCAUCAACAGGGAUCGUCUCAGUCACCUCACGGCACUAACCGAGCUGUCGCUAGGCAACAACAACAUCCAAACCAUCCAGCCUGACACUUUUGCUGGUCUCUCAAGUCUUGAAACCCUGAACCUCAACUCCAACAAGUUGACAGCUCUCCCUCCGGGUCUGUUUGAAGGUUUGGGGAACCUCAGCUCCAUCCUCAUAACAAACAACAAAAUUGUGAGUAUUGAGGGUGCAUUUCAGAACCUCUCCAACGUGAAGCGAAUGGAUCUUGGGAACAAUAGGAUAGAUGAACUUACAGACAACACGUUCCAGGGCAUGAAGAACCUUGUGUAUCUCAUGAUGCCAAAUAACAAAAUCAAGAAAAUCUCCUCGAACUGUUUUGCGCCACUUCAAAGUCUGACAUACAUCGUGUUGAAGAAAAACCCUAUCAAAGACGGCAAUCGCUUAUUCACACUGAAUCAUCGCCUGUCGUACAUUGAUCUUGGUGGAUGCAGUUUGAAAGAAGUACCCUCGGGGUUGCCAUGGGCAACACGGUAUCUUCAACUGAGUAAUAAUAACAUCACUAGGAUCAACAAGAGCACCUUCUCAGGAACACGCCACUUAAGCAUCAUAGCACUGGAUGAAAACCAGAUAACCCGCAUUGAAAAGGGAGCAUUUUCUGGAAUCAGAGAACUACAGGAACUGUGGCUCAAUGCAAACAAGCUGAAGAAGAUACCAUCGCCAUUUUCCCCCAAGGUAACAAAAUUGCAGAUAAGUAAAAACAGAAUAUCUAAGAUAUCCAAAAAAGAUUUCCCCAAGAAUUCGGCACUUUCUAUCCUAACACUGAGCAGUAAUAUGAUUAAAACAAUUGAGCCUGGGACAUUUAGCCAGUCUAAGUUCCUAACAGAACUUUACCUUAGCGGAAAUAAGAUAACAACACUGCAGACGGGCGCUUUUGCCGAGCUCGGAGAACUCCAAACAUUGUCUCUUAACAAUAACAAAAUGACAAGUAUUCAGAAGGGAUCGCUCGCAGGACUGACUGCUUUGAGUACACUAGAGAUGGCUUUCAUUGUGGACAUUGAGACGAAUGUGGUGGGAAAUAUAUUUGCUGAUAUAUCGGACCUACAGUCCCUUGAUCUUCAGCUCAGUCCUGCCAUAUCCCGGCAAGUUCUGAACUCUGAUGACAUGAUUUCAUCUCUUCUCAACGUAACUCACAUAAAUCUGAUGGACAAUGAGCUGAAAACCUUGAAUCCCAACCUGCGGACGUACCUGCGUAGUGUUCAGGUGGUCAAGCUUGCUGGGAACAAGUGGCAUUGUGACAAGCGACUGCAGUGGCUCAGUGCAUGGAUGAAGUCACACAAGAAACUUUUCUUCAUGGACAGAAAUGUUCAAUGCCACACUCCAUCAUCACUUAAAGGUUUACCCCUGUCUAUUUUAAAACCGUACCAAUUUGCUGCUGUCACCACGACCCUGCAGCCAUCAACAACAACAGCAGCGACACCAGAAGCACAGGCAUCUACAACAUCUGGACCAACUAAAAAGACUGUUAAGAAGUCAAAACCAAAGCCGCGCAGACGGACCACAGCAAUCCCUCCUACCAAGAUUGUGCUGACGAAGAUGGUGACAAAAGUAGUGACACAGAGAUUCUUUGUGUAUCCUAGUUCAACUCCUAAACCAAAGGUAAAGAAACCUUCAAGGAAAACAAGAAAACCAAGGAGAAAGAAGACCACAUCUCAGCCUCGUCCGCGGACAACCAUAGCCACCAGGAAAAUGUCAAGGACACACAAAACACCAAAUAUGGUCAUUACUACAAAAUCUCCUUACACACAACAAAUUACAUCGGGAAUGCUAACAGGAACAUCUGCAACUCCGACACCAAAUGACGGAAAUCACAGUGAUGAAGAUCCUCUGAGGAAGUCCAGCAAAGACAGCUCUAUCAAUACUGGGACCCCAAUGAAUUCUCCAGAUGACCUUGGAAGAGGAAAUACCUCUAACCAAACAGCUCAGUCAACCAAUUCCUCGGACUCUGAUCAGUCUCAGCAAGCAGCAAUAACUACAACAGGUGGGGUCGACAUGAAGACCGUCAUCAUCGCAACCUGUGUCACCUGUGCUGUGGUCCUCAUCAUCCUGGGCGUCGUCAUAUUCUUCGUGAUUCGAUAUCGCCAGAACAAGCUUGUGUAUCACCGUGCGCUGCAGUAUCGACAGGACUACAACGAUGUUGUAUUUUUCGUAGGUGAACCUAUGCCUGAACUAAUGAUUGACACUAAACAAAGAGCUGUAAGGUCAAGGUCAGACCGAGGGUCAACAUCAUCCCGGCCCAGUGAGGACAUUACCAAUGACCUUGAUGCGAGUAUGAAAGUUUACACUUGGGGUGACGAAUAAACUGUGUACACAUGACAAUAGUAAGUGUAAGUAAACCAAAUAAUAAUAAUGACAAUAAUUAUUAUGUGCUAUGGUCUAUACAGUGUGUCUGGGCACGGAUGCACACAGCUCCACAAACACUUUUUUCCACCUGGUUAAUGGAACAGCCUGAACUUGAUUUUAUUCUCUGCUUCCUGGGAAGUAUACAUCCCAAAGUGCCUGUGAGUCACUGGAAGGUUAGCAUUUUUUGGCAGUAGAUAAAGUGUAGGUAACUGUAAACAGUUGCGUUAUCUUACACAAUUUCUUAAUGUCUGCAUAUCACAACGAUGAAUCUUUCAUUAACUGCAAAAACGGAGAAGUAGUGUUUUUAUCCCAUAGUUAUGCUAACAAUAAUAAAUGUUCAAAACACAA